ACUAUUCAACAUGCGCAAAGGGGUGCCAAAGGACCCAGAAAUAGCUGACCUGUUCUACAAAGAUGAUCCUGAAGAAAUAUUUGUGGGUUUACAUGAAAUUGGACAUGGAAGUUUUGGAGCCGUUUACUUUGCUACAAAUUCCCACACUAAUGAGGUGGUGGCAGUCAAGAAGAUGUCCUAUAGUGGAAAGCAGACGAAUGAGAAAUGGCAGGAUAUCAUCAAAGAAGUCAAGUUUCUACAACAACUGAAGCACCCCAACACCAUAGAGUAUAAGGGCUGUUACCUGAAAGAGCAUACGGCAUGGUUGGUUAUGGAGUACUGUUUAGGAUCAGCUUCUGAUUUGCUAGAGGUUCACAAGAAACCACUUCAGGAAGUGGAGAUUGCUGCCAUCACCCACGGUGCCUUGCAGGGGCUGGCCUACCUGCACUCUCACUGUAAGAUUCAUAGGGAUAUUAAAGCUGGAAACAUUCUUCUAACAGAACCAGGUCAAGUGAAACUAGCUGAUUUUGGGUCUGCAUCUAUAGUCUCCCCUGCCAAUUCUUUCGUGGGAACGCCUUACUGGAUGGCACCAGAGGUGAUCCUUGCUAUGGACGAGGGACAGUAUGAUGGAAAGGUGGAUGUCUGGUCUCUUGGGAUCACGUGUAUUGAGUUAGCUGAAAGGAAGCCUCCACUUUUCAACAUGAAUGCAAUGAGUGCCUUAUAUCACAUAGCCCAGAACGAUUCCCCUACGUUACAGUCAAAUGAAUGGUCAGACUCCUUUAGGGGAUUUGUUGAUUACUGCUUACAGAAAAUACCUCAGGAAAGGCCAUCAUCAACAGAUCUAUUACGGCAUGAUUUUGUUCGGCGAGACCGACCACCAAGGGUACUAAUAGACCUCAUACAAAGGACAAAAGAUGCAGUACGUGAAUUGGAUAACCUUCAGUACCGGAAAAUGAAGAAAAUCCUUUUCCAGGAGACACGGAAUGGCCCACUGACCGAGUCUCAAGAAGAGGAGGAGGACAGUGAGCAUGGAUCAAACCUGAGUAGGAAGAUGGACAGUCUGGGCAGCAACCAUUCCAUCCCAAGUAUGUCUGUGAGCACAGGCAGUCAGAGCAGCAGUGUGAGCAGCAUGCAGGAGGUCCUGGAUGAGAGCAGCCCUGAACUGGUCAUGAUGCAUAGUGAUGAGAGCACAAUUAAUUCCACUUCCUCCGUUGUUCAUAAGAAGGUAUGUUCUCUGGUGCUCUCCACAGAGGAUCAUGCAUUUAUAAGGGAUGAGGUGGGCCACAGGGAUCGCAGGCCUGAGGUGCGGCCUACCCAGUCAGUGCAGAAUCAGGCCCUCCACUACCGGAACCGAGAGCGCUUUGCCACAAUCAAAUCAGCAUCUUUGGUUACACGACAGAUCCAUGAGCAUGAGCAGGAGAACGAGUUGCGGGAACAGAUGUCAGGAUAUAAGCGGAUGCGGCGCCAGCACCAGAAGCAGCUGAUCGCCCUGGAAAACAAGUUGAAGGCCGAGAUGGACGAGCACCGCCUCAAGCUGCAGAAGGAGGUGGAGACGCACGCCAACAACUCGUCCAUUGAGCUGGAGAAGCUGGCCAAGAAGCAAGUGGCUGUGAUGGAGAAAGAGGCAAAGGCAGCUGCAGCAGAUGAAAAGAAAUUCCAGCAACAGAUUUUGGCUCAGCAAAAGAAAGACCUGGCGACCUUUUUAGAAAGUCAGAAGAAACAAUACAAGCUUUGCAAGGAAAAGAUUAAAGAGGAAAUGAAUGAGGACCACAGCACGCCGAAGAAAGAGAAGCAAGAAAGAAUAUCGAAACAUAAAGAGAACCUGCAGCACACACAGGCUGAAGAGGAGGCCCAUCUUCUCAGCCAGCAGAGACUCUACUACGACAAAAACUGCCGUUUCUUCAAGAGAAAAACGAUGAUCAAGAGGCACGAGAUGGAGCAGCAGAACAUUCGGGAAGAGUUAAACAAGAAGCGGACCCAGAAGGAAAUGGAGCAUGCCAUGCUGAUCCGGCACGACGAGUCGACGCGUGAGCUGGAGUACAGGCAGCUGCACACGCUACAGAAGCUGCGAAUGGACCUGAUCCGGCUGCAGCACCAGACUGAGCUCGAGAACCAGCUGGAAUACAACAAGCGGCGAGAGCGGGAGCUGCACAGGAAGCAUUUCAUGGAGCUCCGGCAGCAACCAAAGAACCUGAAGGCUAUGGAAAUGCAGAUCAAAAAGCAGUUCCAGGACACAUGCAAAGUACAAACUAAGCAGUACAAAGCACUGAAGAAUCACCAGCUGGAAGUAACUCCAAAGAGUGAGCACAAGACAAUUUUGAAGAGUCUGAAGGAUGAGCAGACGAGGAAGCUCGCCAUCCUGGCAGAGCAGUAUGAGCAGAGCAUCAACGAGAUGAUGGCCUCACAAGCGCUACGGCUGGAUGAGGCCCAAGAAGCAGAAUGCCAAGCCCUGAGACUGCAACUCCAGCAGGAGAUGGAGCUGCUCAACGCGUACCAGAGCAAAAUUAAGAUGCAGACAGAAGCACAGCAUGAAAGAGAACUCCAGAAGCUGGAGCAACGGGUGUCGCUGCGCAGGGCACAUCUUGAACAGAAGAUUGAAGAGGAGCUAGCCGCCCUCCAGAAGGAACGCAGCGAGAGGAUAAAGUUUCUGUUGGAAAGGCAGGAGCGAGAGAUUGAAACGUUUGACAUGGAGAGCUUGCGAAUGGGCUUUGGGAAUUUGGUCACAUUAGAAUAUCCCAAGGAGGACUAUAGAUGAGAUUAAAUUUCUUUGCCAUUUAAAAACAAAAACAAGACAAAAAGCAAACAAAAUGAUGAUAAAACUUGCGAAACCAACAUUCCCCAUGUUAACGGGCGUGCUCUCUCUCUUUCUGUCUCUCUUACUGACAUCGUGUCGGACUAGUGCCUGUAUAUUCUUACUCCAUCAGGGGCCCCCUUUCCCCCUGUGUCAGGUCCUGGUGCAGGACAGCUCCUGGCGGUCUUUUCCAUAGUAUGUCACAGUAUUGAUGUCUCUGUGCAAUGAUUAAAAAUGUUUCAGUGAAAACUUUGGAGACAAUUUUAAUGGAAAAACAAAAAAAAAAAAAGUGGAUGUAUGUUGCUUUUGAGCAAUCACUCAUUUAACCACCAAUCAAUGAAAGUACAAGCAAAAAAAAAAAUAAUAAUAAUAAUAAUCAAAAGAUAUAUACAAACCCAGGGGGAGAGAGACUAAAUCCGCAGCCUUACCUUAACUAGCUGCUGCAUAAUUUUAUUUUAUUUUUAUUU